UGCAUAAUUAUUUAUAAAUAAAUUUUACCAUGAUAUUUCUUCCUCUAAACGUGUUAUUGGACAUUCUUGUUUUGGUUUUAUAAUGACAAAGAAAUCGUGAAUUGGAAAAAUAUGAAUAAUUAAAAACCAAUUGUUUCUUACUUAAUCGUUUCUGACUCUCUAAAUCUAAUUUUCGUAUAGCAGGUUCUGUGUAAAAUGGUGUCUUUAUGCCCAAAACAUUCCAUCUAUUUUGUGUUAAUAACCUUCUGCGUUUUGAGUGGAAUUACCUGUCAAUUAAAACCUUCACCAUGCCCGGAUAUGUUCAGAUAUUUACCGAAAAAUCCUUCGGAAACGAACCGUUGGUAUGGUGAACUGAACGUUGUUUCAGAUGUCGAUCUUAUCGAUGGUGUUUUCAUGGUUCUUAUCUUGGAUAAACCUAGCAUACAAUUGGGGUCCUCUUUUGGUAAUGAAGUUAUUAAAAAAGGCGCAAAGGAAUACCUUCUAAGAAACUUUGGAUUCCAACUUGAUGCUGGCAAGCCUUUGAAAAUACAAAUAUUCGUAGACUAUAAUGAGUUCGGUGAACCACCGAACUUUGAAGGAUUUAGGUUAAAUGCUGUACCCUGGUGUCCUUCACUACCAAAAACCACGACUCCAAUUACUUUUAAACUAAGCGAAGAUUUUACCCCUAACCUUAAUAUUCCCCAACAAAACCAAAAUAUAAACUUGACCCCAAGCAACAGUAACAAUGAUAAACCAAUCUUCAACAGCAACCGAUUUGGUGAUAGAGAAAAUGACCUCGCAAAAAAAGAACUAUUGGACACAUUAAUAAAAGAAGUUGGGUUCGUGAUACCGAAAAACAAGCCCACCAAGAAGGAAAAUCGAAAAGGAAACGAAAAUCAAUGCGGGCAAGCUGAAAAUAUCAAUUAUAAUCGAAGACCGGCCCAAAAAGGUGAGUUACCAUGGCAUGCCAAUAUAUUACGAACAUCAGCCGACACGCCUCGAGAAUAUUUUAUAUGUGGAGGCACCCUUAUUUCCGAAAGGCACGUUUUGACCUCAGCUCAUUGCGUGGAUGAUGUGGUAGAAGGCAAUUUAAUCGUGUCAUUAGGUUCUGUCAUGCUUUUUGAACAAAACGAGGACGUUCAAAACAGAUUUGUUGAAAAAAUCGACGUUCAUGAAGACUACAAUACUGGCGGUAAUUUGGCAAACAAUAUAGCAAUUUUAACCCUUACAAGGCCGGUACAAAUUGGGAAGAAUGUGAAGCCCAUUUGUCUUUGGAGUCAGUCCUCGGAUAUACGUAUCGUUGAAAAUAAAAUGGGUGUUCUCCCUGGAUAUGGCUUAUUGAAUCUAAACAAUAUUUCUUCAAAUUUAUUAAAAUCAGAAGUCGCUGUAGAAGCCAAUAAAAAUUGCCUGAGUUGGUAUUUCAAUGACCCCAGCUUUUAUAAUGGACAAAUGUUUUGCGGCAAAUACAAAGACGACACGAAUGCCUGCAACAAUGACGCUGGCGACGGUUUGGUAUUCAGAAGAAAAAUAUCCGAUAACUUUUACGUUUGGGAGCUAAAGGGCGUAUUAUUGUUCACAUCAGAAAAAGAUUUCCGCAAUUGUUCACAUUCCAGCAGCUUAAUUUUUACAGACGUUGCCAAAUACACCAGCUGGAUUAUUAACAGGAUGAACAAAUUUUGAAGAAUACAUGUUUUAUAAUUUACAUUUUAAAAAUAAACUAUAUAAAA